AUGUCCGCCAACGAGGAAACGCCGAAGACGGUACCCCGCGAGUCGUCCGACUUUGAUGACAACAAGGUCCCCGAGCAACAGGCACAGAGCUCCCCCACUGCUGCCGAUGCGCAGUCGAGGCCAACUUCGCGCGACUCCGACAAGUCCUCGGUACAGACACGCUCAAAGGCCCAGCGCCCAUCAACCAUGUCGCCGUUUGCUGACAUUUCCUCCCCAAUCCUGCAGGAGGUCACAUUUGAAGAUGCCCUCGAGACCGGCUCGGUGCGCUCCCUUACUAAGCGACAGCACUCCGCCGUGAAACGCCGGUCUUCCGAGGAACCGACCAUACAGGAGAAGGAAGAUGAAGCCCUCAAGCUCUCCAUCGCUGCGAAUGGUGACCCUGAGGAGCAACAAGAGAAGCCUGCCGAGACUGCCGAUAUUGCCGAGAAAAAACCUCCACGACGCUUGUCCCAGGAGUCUGCCGGUGAGCUCGACAACGUGAACCUCGAUGACGAUGACACAACGACGACCUCGGCGACCGCCGCAACAACCGCGACUGCGGCGACCUCGUCGACUACUACUACAACCUCAUCUACAGCAGCCACGGCCGCGUCAACAUCCACAACAGCUACUUCUUCAUCAACGACUCCUCCGGAGUCAGGCAAGUAGAAGAGCCCACCACAUAAGCCCAAGAUGUCCUUGAGCAGCAUCGCAAGCGCCUUCCCCCCGAUGCCAUGGUCACCCAACCCCGACAAAGAUAAAGACACCCGUGCGAAGACGCCCCCUGCUUCCACUCAGACUGCGCCAGCGCCAGCACCUGCGACGACAAGAAAGUUCACAUUUUCAUGGCUCUCCAGGGGUUCGAAAGAAAAGGAGCAGCCAAAGGAGCCCCCUGCCCCUUCUCCAAGACGGAAUACAACCAGCUCGGUGGCUACCCUGUCUAGUAACCCAGAGUUGAUGCUGAGCAAGCUGGAAGAAGAGAAAGAGGGCGAUGCCAGUUCACGCAACAGUCUGAAAGACCGCUUCAAGCAGCUCCGCAUGAGGGAAGAAGCUGCGCUGGGAGAAGAGGACAAGGCCGCUGCGGCUGACGGCGCUGACGUUCCUUCGGCGCUGACAUCCCCCCUCCCCACGAGUCCUAACCCGAACCUCGCUCCCGGUACUGCCUCGGGCGUCACGGCUGGCCCUUCUGCUAUCGCCAAUUCUGCUGUUGACUGGGACCUCUGGCAGGCUGUUGUGUAUGAGGGCCCGGCUGCCGUUGCGCGGACUAGCCCUGAGGAGCUUAACAAGGCUAUCGCGACUGGCAUCCCGACCGUUAUCCGCGGAGUUAUCUGGCAGGUGCUGGCACAGAGCAAGAAUGAGGAGCUCGAGGCCAUCUACUGGGAGCUUGUCGCUAGGGGCACCGACAAGGAGAAGAAGGCUAAGCAGAGCAAAUCCGGUUCGUCUGCGUCGUCGGUUCAUUCUGACAGCUCUGGUCUUAAUGGCUCUUCGAAUGAGAAGGAGUCAGCCGCUGCUGAGGCCGAGAGGAAGAAGAAGGAGAAGGAGGAUCUGGCUGCUAUCCAGAAGCUGGAGAAGACUAUCCGGAGAGACCUGGGUGCUAGGACAAGCUAUUCGAAGUUCGCUGCUGCCCAGGGUCUGCAGGAAGGUCUGUUCAAUGUGUGCAAGGCCUAUGCCCUCUUUGACGAGGGUGUUGGCUACGCACAGGGCAUGAACUUUAUUGUCAUGCCGCUGCUGUUCAAUAUGCCCGAAGAGGAAGCCUUCUGCCUGCUGGUGAGGCUCAUGAACCACUACCACCUCCGUGAUCUCUUCAUCCACGACAUGCCCGGCCUUCACUUGCGCCUCUAUCAGUUCGAGCGUCUGCUUGAAGACUUCGAGCCAGCCCUCUACUGCCAUCUCCGCAGGCGAGGCAUUUCGCCCCAUCUCUACGCCACCCAAUGGUUCCUCACCCUCUUCGCCUACCGCUUCCCCCUGCAACUGGUCCUCCGCAUCUAUGACCUAAUCCUCUCCGAAGGCCUCGCCGCUAUCCUCAAGUUCGGCGUCGUCCUUAUGCAAAAGAACGCCGCCAAUCUGCUCGGCAUCACCGACGUCUCGCAGCUCACCACCUUCCUCCGCGACCGCCUCUUCGACUACUACAUCGACCCGACCCCGUCCUCGCACUCCAUCCUCGAGAACGGUUUCUUCGGCAGCAGCUCCAGCAGCAUCGACAAAGAAGUCUACCGCGCCGACGAGCUGGUGCGCGACGCCUGCGAGAUCAAGAUCACGCCUGAGAUGCUCAAGGCCUACCAGGCAGAGUGGGAAGAGAAAAUGCGCGCCGAGCGCGAGCGCGAGGCCGAGAUCGAGUCGCUGCGUGCGCAGAACGCUAGCUACGCGAUCCGCCUGCGCAAGCUGGAGGAGCGGCUGCAGCAGGUGGAUGCCGAGCAGGCCUCACUCGCGACAGAGCUGGUGCAUACCAAGGUGGAGAAUAAUGAGCUGAAGGAUGAGAAUGAGUCGUUGCGGAUUCAGGUGCAGGAGCUGAAGAUCGUGAUUGAGAAACAGCCCGAGGAACUCGAAGCUCAGUGGAAGCUGGAGAGGGAUGAUUUGAUGAAGAGAAAUGCGGCGGUGUGUGAGGAGAAUCGCAGGUUGGAGGCGGAGCUCGAGGAUCUGGGAAAGCAGCUUGUUGAGGCGAAGAUGCAGUAUGCUGAGAUCAACUCGGCUCAUGAGACGCUCACCCGCAAAUGGACUGAUCUGAAGCGUCAGUUCCAAUGA